CGCAGUUCCGUGACAAUGUACAAUAGUUGAAGCCACUAUUUGGGCAGCAUUCCAAACUCUAAAGCAGCAUCAAGAAAAUGGCCUCGAGAGAGCAAGUGCACGCCGACAAGCUGCGGAUCUUGAUCGUGCCCUUCUUCGCCACCAGCCACGUCGGCCCCCACACCGACCUCGCCGUCCGGCUCGCCGCGGUCAGACCAGGCACCGUCGAACCUACGGUGGCGGUCACCCCGGCCAACGUCUCGAUCGUUCGGUCGGCGCUCGACCGGCACGGCUCCACCAUGGCGAGCCGAGCCGUCCGGAUAGCCACCUAUCCGUUCCCGGAGGUGGGAGGCCUCCCGCCGGGCGUCGAGAACCUCUCCACCGCCGGGGCCGACGCGUGGCGCAUCGAGGCCGCGGCCAUCGAUGAGGGGCUGACGCGGCCCGCGCAGGAGGAGCUCGUCAGGAAGCUGUCCCCUGACGCGGUCUUCACCGACGUCCACUUCUCCUGGAACUCCAUCAUCGCCGGCGAGCUGGGCGUGCCGUGUGUUACCUUCAGUGUCAUUGGCCCCUUCUCGAACCUUGUCAUGCACCACCUCGACGGUACAGUCGACAGCGACUCCGGUAACCAGGAGGUGACUGUGCCAAGCCUUCCAGGCCCGAAGAUACGGAUCCCGAGGGCCGAACUGCCGGAGUUCUUGAGGUGCACAGAGAAAGGCGACCGGUUCGGCAACCCGAUCAUGGCAGGGCUAGCCAGGUGCUUCGGCGUAGUCGUCAACACGUUCUGGGACCUGGAGAGCGAGUACUGCGAGCUGUACGCGCGCCUCGGCUACGUGAAGCGCGCCUACUUCGUCGGGCCAGUGUCGCUGCCGUUGCCACAGGCCGGAGCAAGCGCCGACGAGUCACCGUGCAUCUGUUGGCUGGACUCGCUGCCUAGAUGCUCGGUGGUGUACGUAUGCUUUGGCACCUACGCCUCCAUCUCCGGAGAUCAGCUCCGGGAGCUGGCUCUUGGACUGGAAGCCUCCGGCAAACCGUUCCUGUGGGUGCUGAGGGCCGAGGGGUGGGCACCGCCGGCAGGGUGGGAGGAGCGUGUCGGGAAGAGGGGCAUGCUCGUCAGAGGGUGGACCCCGCAGACCGCAAUCCUGGCGCAUCCGGCCGUGGGGGCGUUCCUGACGCACUGCGGGUCGAGCUCGCUGCUGGAGGCGGCGGCGGCCGGCGUGCCGAUGCUGACGUGGCCGCUGGUGUUCGACCAGUUCAUCGAGGAGAGGCUGGUCACGGACGUUCUGAAGGUCGGAGGGAAGGUGUGGGACGGGCCACGGAGCACGACGGAGGAUGAGAGGGAGAUGGUGCCGGCCGACGCGGUGGCGCGGGCGGUGGCGAGGUUCAUGGAACCAGGCGGAACGGGGGAGGCGGCGAGGGGCCGAGCGCAGGAGCUUGCAGUGAAGGCUCACGCGGCCGUGUCCGAUGGCGGGUCGUCGUCCUGUGAUCUGCGCAGGCUUAUCGACGAUCUGAUGGAAACAAGGGAGGCCGUCGCCGGCGGCGACACUACUGCAUCGCGCGCUGUUGAGAUCUAGGCAUCUAGCGUCAUCCUGGCAUGUAACACCGACCGCUUAAUCUGCAUUUUUCCAA